CGGUUCGGCAAAAUCUCCUUCGUGGAAGAUACUUCUCUAUCAUUUUUUUUUCCACGUUAAUAAAGACAAAUAAAGACUCGAGAGAAAGAGCUCCUUUGAGAUUAUCCUUCUCGCGAUAAAACAAUAAGCUGAUGCACGACGACGUUAACAGUGCCGACCGAUUUUCGCGUGCGAUUCCUCAGGAUUGAAAGUGAAACAACACGCGCUCGAGGAAACGGAUCUCGAUAGAAUCGCGAGUGAACCUCUCUUCUUUCUUAUCACAAUACGUGGAUCCACGACGGUGAUGACAAGAAGCGCGUCAUGUUGUUUCCUAGUGCUGCUAUUCUCAUUGACGUCUCUGUGCAACGUUAACGCGAAGUUGGAUCUUCAGACUGAAGACAGGGAUGAUCUCGAGCAAGAACUCAGAAAAUUGUGGCCCUUCGUUCAAUCAGCAGACGAGAAUGAUUUCGCGCCUCAACGAGAAGAGGCUUUGCAGAAAAUACAAGAGAUCCUUGGUAUUCGGAGUCAGAACGAGAAUCUGGCCCAUCGCAAGAUACCGCCGCAAUUCAUGAUGGAACUCUACAAUACUAUCGCCGAUCCCAGCGGAGUUACGCGAGGCCGGAAUCCAUAUAACGCCAGAAUCGUGCGUAGCUUCGUUGAAAGAGAUCCUUUCUUAUCGAACUUCUAUUUCUUUAACGUCUCGGGACUCGAGAUGAACGAAUCGGUGCUGGAGGCUGAGCUUCAUCUCUAUCGGAAGAAAAUACCAUCGAGGAAUGUACAUCCAUUAACGUCUGUGUCGCCUUAUUAUCUUAUAAGAGUGUAUCAAGUCCUAGACAAUCGCAGCCUUGAUGUGCCAGAUCUUCACAGAUUAUUGAAUAUUCGUUAUGUCGGUGCGCACGCUUCCGGUUGGCAGAUAUUCAACGUGAAGCAAGCCAUCCUCGAUUGGAUGAGCGGCGAGCCGAAUCUGGGUUUCCUGGUGACAACUCAGGAUCUAUUCCAGGACGAGGUAUUGGUGGAGUUUUCCCGCCGAAAUGAUUACCACCACAGCAAGCAACCGAUAUUAGUGCUCUUCGAUGAUGAUAGUAGUGAUCGGUCCAGUGAAAGAUCGGUAACUGGGCCGCGAUAUUAUGCACACGAAAAACAAGAUGACAACCAACAAGAGGAGAACCAUGAAAAAGGUCCAAUAUACAAGAAAAAUGCGGAAAACGAGAAGAUCGAUUUAGAGAACGACUAUGACGGUGUCAAACACAACAGGAGACACAAGAGGCAACAGGAAGGCAACGGUCAGCCCGAAGAAGUUCUCCUGGUAAACAGACACGAGUCGAAAUUUUUCCAGCGGCUAAAGAAAAGACAUAAAGAAGAGGAGGAAGAGGAGGAAGACGAAAAGAAGAAACAAGGUGAAAUCUCUCGUUAUAACAAUCCUCUAGAAACGACGAGGUACCGUCGCGACUCGACGUUCUCUCGGAAACGCACUUCCUGUGGUAUCGUGUCAAAAAACUGCUCACGGAUCACACCAAUCCUCACGUCGAUGGACAUCUACGAGAGAGCGAUGUUUCGCGAGAAGCUGGGACAGGUGAUAAGGAACAGAUCGACGUCGGUCGACACAGGACGUCAUCGACCGGCGCGAUCAGCGAGCAGCCAGAGCUUGUUUGUACCGGAGCGACCGGAAAACGCGAUCGAGUGCACGAGGCACGAGCUCUACGUGGACUUCCACGAUAUCGGGUUGUCCUCGAUAAUCGCGCCGGCUGGCUAUUCCGCGUAUCAAUGCAAGGGCGUGUGCGAACUGCCUCUCAGCCAAAACCAACGGCCGACGAAUCAUGCGACAAUACAGGCGAUCGUACACAAGAUGGCCAAAGGCGUCGAAAGGCCCUGCUGCGUACCGACCAAGCUGCUCAGCAUCAGCAUUCUCUUCUACGACGACAACGAGAACGUUGUGCUCAAGAUAUACGAGGACAUGAUUGCGGACCAUUGCGGAUGUCGUUAAGAGGGGAAAAAGAGAGGGAGGAAAACCUGAUCACUUCCGAGGUGUUCAGCCAUGAUUAAAAUAAAUACUGUGUGAAGAAAACAAUGAUAAAGGAAGGAAGAAAUAUAUAAGAAAUAGAGAGGUAAAUAGAGAAAAUAAGUCUAGGCUUUUAGAUCUGAUUCGUGAUGAAUUAAUUCUUUUCUGUUGCGCUAAAGGAAACUAAGUUUUUGAAUCGCUAAGUUAUUGAAGUAGGAAUGGAGAUUCAUAUUGUAAUACGCAAGAUGGAGAUUAAAUUUUGAGAUGAUAAUGUUUUCAUAAAUGUUGGCAUAGAAUAAAUAAGUUGAUCAUUACCUCAUUUUUUCUUGCAGUUAAAUAAGAAUUACGAAAUAAUUCGUUCUCAUUGUAAAUAGGCAGAUUAUUGAUCGAUGGCGAUUGAUUCCUAUUCGACUGUUUUGUUGUUAAAGGGUUUAGUACAACAGCGGCUUAAACAUUUAUUUAUGACCAUUAUUUGUGGAAUUGGAAUGGAUUCCGAUCAAAAUUGUUCAAUUAUUCCCUAGUCUUUAAAUUCUUUAAAAUGGAAUCUCACUCUUUGAGAUCAAAAAUUGAAACUUCUACCACUCUGAAAAAAGAGUGACAGAAUUUUCACUCUUAAGACCAAAAAAUUUAGAAUAGAUUUAUAUAUAGUUUUCUAAAAAAAGAAUAAUUUAGAUCGGAAUUCAUUCCGUACAUUUUUAUAACGUGUUCUGAUCUUUUUUAUUAACUUUUUUACUAAUUCAAGUCUCAUAUAAUUAUGGCUUUUAAUGAAUUAACGGAGAAUUCUCUUGAGACUGUCAUUCCCGGAGGUUCGUGACGAUCCUGUAAUGAGUAAUCGACACGCCAUUCGCAGCUACUUUUGUACAUAAGACAUUCCCAAGUGUACGUAUGCCGUAUAGAAUCAAUAACAUAUACAUAUAUGAUUAAUGAAGUAUAUCUGAUUAGUGUACUAUUAGAAUAUACUGUAGCGCCGUUAAAUUAUUACUAUAAUUGUAAACGUAGACUUAGGCGGGUGUUGCUCAGCUAUGCGUGCACAUAUAUAAGCACCGACACAUCUCAUCGAAUUUAUUUAUAACGAAAAUAAAAAAAAAAUAGAAAUAAAAUGAUAUU